AUGUGUGACGUGAAUGACAACGAAGCAUUUGGUUUGCAUCGAUAUCAAAUGGAAAAGUUCUGUGGGACAUCUUUUAAGCAAAUUGACACCGCCAUCCAUGCUUUAACAGAUGAUAAAUUAUCCACAGAUCACAAAUGUAGUCUUUGUCUUUUUCAAAUAUCUGCUAGUCUUACUCAUUUGACUAUAAAAGAAUUAACUACCAUCAUUGGCUAG